AUGGCUUCCCCAAAGUCAACGAAAACUAGUAUCCCUAAAAAGGGUGUCAUUUUAAGAGUGAAUUCCGAUGCCAGGGCCAGCUGUCCUCCCGGUGCGGUCACGACUGCGGCCCGGAGCGCGGGGCCGGCUCUCCCGAGAGGUGCUCUCGGGCCGGGCGGCCAGGUCUCCCGGGAGGGUCGGGCGCUCGGGACCGAGCACCGGGGCGCCGAGGGUGGGGUCCGCUCGCCGCCCGCUCCCGGCACCCGGGCUCCCCUCCGCACCGGGCACCGCCCACCUCCCCGGGGCGGCAGCGGCGGCGGCGGCGGGGGGCAGCGGGCAGCGGGCGGCGGGGUCCCCGGGCGAGGCGCGGCCCCCGAGAGGAGGCCGCAGACCCCCGACCCGCGCCGGGCGCGCCCCAGGGCCCGGAGCCUCCGCCCGCCGCCGCCUAGCCGGCGUGACCCGGCCCCCGCCCGAGCGGUGUUUUCUGCUGCGGGGCCGCCGCCGCCGCCUUUGCAGGUAACAGCCACCGCCCCCCCUCCCCCCGCUCGCCCCCUCCCCGUCUGGCCUCCGCUCUCUCCGGGCCCCCGGCCCCGGGCCUCCUUCGGGCGGGGGGGGGGUUGGAGGCGGGGGCGUCUGGGUUGUCACCGCGCCGGGGGCGUGGGCGGGUGCCGGGUCACCAGAGGCUCGGGUGUGGGUGUGGGUGGGGAGGCCGGGGGAUGCCCGGCGCCGCUGACACCGGCACCCCCUCACUUUCCGGGGGAAGCUGGGGGGCGGCGGCGCGCGCGGGGGGCCGGGGAGGGUGUUCCCGGCCUAGCGGUAUCGGCCGCGUCUGCGCUGCCCCGGCCCUGGCGCCUCCAGUCCCUGCGCAGCGCCCGCUCCCCGCCGGCCCCGGCCGCGCGGCUUGAGGAGGGGGCGCCGCCCGGGCGGGGGCGGCGGGCUUAUAUAACGCGGGGAGCGCCCGUGCCGGCGUGUUUGGGUUGGGGGGAGGGGGCCGUCUGCCGCGCUCCCCGGCGCGGGGGCUGUCUGCGCGCGCGGGGUGGGGUGCGGGCGAGGAUGCACCGGCGUCCCCCGGGGUCUCCUUCCUCCCCACCCUCCCCUGCUGCCGGCGCGCAGGAAGAGACGGCCCUGAGGGGGAGAAAUGUGCGGAAGAUGCUGGGUUUGGCGGAUCCAGUGAUGCUGUCGCUGCCGGCGGCGGCGGCGGCUCUGGCUGCAAGUAAACAAACCAGCCUCUUCCUCGUCCACCUCCUCCUCCUGCGCAUCGGUCUGCAUCAGCCAUGA